AUGGACUUCAAAUCAGCAUAUGAAUCAGUGAAAGACUUACCAUUUGCAGAUGGUACUUUUAAAAGCUCACCAAAAGUUAAAGAUCAACUCAUAAAAUUUAAAUUAAAAGAUAAAGAUGUAACUUUAUUCAAUAUUAAAGAUGUUGCAUUAGUUCCUAAAAAUUUAAUAGUGGUUUUACAAAAUGAAUUUAAUUUCGUUGUUGAAGAAGGUCAAACUUAUCCAUAUCAUGAACCCAAAUCGUAUGAUGAAUUUGUUAACUAUUGGUUUGUUCAUUUCGUAUCAAUCCUAAUAGAAGGUGAUUAUAACUCAAUAAAUGAUUCAGAACUACAAAAUUUAUCAGUACAAGAUUGGAAAGAUAAAUUUUUAGGUACUUUUUACGUCAAACCAAAUUAUACAGGAAGAUGUUCACAUGUAUGCAAUGCAGGAUUUAUAGUAAACCAUGAGAAAAGAGGCUUAGGUUUGGGAAAGGCAUUAGGUUCAAAAUAUUUAGAAAUAGCACCUCAAUUAGGUUAUAUUUAUUCUGUAUUUAAUUUGGUUUUUGAUACUAAUGUUGCAAGUUUGAAAAUUUGGGAUUCCUUGGGGUUUGAAAGGAUUGGAUAUAUUAAAAAUGUAGCUGUUUUGAAAGGAUAUGAUCGAUUGGUUGGUGCUUACAUGUUUGGAAAAGAUUUAGUUAAAGUGAAUUAA